AUGGAAGACAUCCAACAGCAAUCCUUUACAUUUGCAGACGAUACCCAGCAUGCGCUCAGCCUCAAUGAUCUAGCGAGGCGUGAGGAGGAGGAAGAUGUGGAUUUGAAUGUGGAUAACCCAGAGCACGACGAUGAACCACAACACCCCGCUCACCCCGCUCAGUGCGUACAAGCGCUUCAAGCUGAAUUGAAAGCUUUACGCAAGUUCCGCGAACCGCUGCAGAAAUCAGUAGACGCGUUGUGUAUCGCCCAGACACACAACCACAGACUGGCUGAGCGCGUAGAGCAGACGUCGACGCUGCUCGAUGAAUACACGCGAAUACUUGGCCAACAGGAGCACACGCGUAACUUGAUGCUGAAUGAGCAUUGGAAGGGAGCUACGGAUGAUAUGCGCGUCCAAGAGCACAGACAGCGCGAGAAUCAGCGUAUUCAGCGUGAGGCGGAGGCGCAAGAGUCGAGGAGGAGGCAGGCGGAGGAGGCAGAAACGGAGAGGAAUCGAGUGGAAAGCGAGAAGGAUGCUCAAUUGAGAGCUGCGAUGGGUGCCAAUGGUAAUGUUCGUGGUAGUGUUCGUGGCAGGGGACGCGUACUUAGUGCGAGUGCUAGAGGGAGUACUAGAGGGAGCGCUAGAGGGGCCAGAGGCGCGUCUGCGUCUUCUUCAUAUUCCUCCUCGUCGUCGUCCCAACCGCGCCCGCAAUCGCGCAUUCCGCCACCUGGAUCGAGAAUACCUUCCACACGCGGCACUGGCGGUGCGAGCAACACCACUAGCACCAGCAGAGGCAGCACAACACGCAGAUAA